AUGGCUCAUUUACUGGCGACUAACCCCAAUGCUUCACAUAAACUUAUGUGCUCAAACUUGGGGUACGGUGCCAGAAGAGGAUCCAGAAGUGGUUGUUACAGAGUGGGGAGGAAAAGUGUGUUGCAAUGCAGCAGCACAAGCACAAGCACAAGCACAAGCAAAAGCAAAAGCAUCAGCAGUUCGCAAUUACCUUGUGCUGAUCAGGAUGUGAGGUUGCAGAUAGAGAAUGGUAGCAGUGGAAAGCUGAAGCAGCAGUUUGAGUAUUUGGUGUGUGAAUAUGGAUGGAGAGUAAGGAGGCUAUUUGAAAACGCAGAUGAGAUAAGGAAGGCAUCUCAAGUUCAGGCCGAAGCAUUCCAUGUUCCUGUCUCUCUUUUCAAUGACUUGUUCUUCCAAUUCUUUCAGGCGGAAGUGCUUUCGGGGCUCCUUUACAAGCUUAAAAAUUCACCACCUAAUAGGUAUGCUUGUUUGGUAGCUGAGCCAGCAAAAGACGAUCCAGAUUCAACAAAACAACUGGUAGGCGUCAUAGAUGUGACUGUCUUAAGAGAUCAAAAUGUGCUGCAAUAUCUUCCACCUGAAGCUGAAGAAUACCUUUACAUAUCAGGAAUAGCAGUCUCCAAAACAUUCAGGAGGAGGAGAAUAGCGACUGCACUGUUGAAAGCCUGCGACGUGCUUUCCAUUUUGUGGGGUUUUGAGUUUCUUGCCCUUCGAGCCUAUGAAGAAGAUCUAGGUGCUCGCAAAUUGUACGCAAAUGCUGGGUAUCAAGUCGUGUCUCGAGACCCACCGUGGACAAGUAAUUGGAUUGGAAAGAAAUGUCGUGUUCUUAUGAUCAAAAGAGCUAAUUUGUCCAAGUAG